AUGGAGUCUUUCCAAAACUCACUUCGUGUUACUGCUCGUGCAGGUCCUAUGGUGUAUGGAUAUUCAAAGACCUUGAAGGAGGAACAAAGAGAGGAGCUAUUUGAAAGUUUAAAGGUCAAUAACUCUAUUGGGUGGGAAGUGGAUGUCAUAUGCCCAAAGGAUUUGUCUGCUAAAAUGUUAAAAAAAAAGUCAAAAGUCAAUCUGAAUGAAAUAUCACAUAACUCUGCCAUGAGCCUUGUUAGAAAAGUGCUUGACAUGGGAGUUCUACUGGCAGAAGUCACUAGGGACAGAGCCUUGCGAAACUGGGUGUUUGAUGAAACAGCUCUGAGUCUGCACAUGAAAACUGGAUCAGGAUAUCCAGGAGACCCUGAUACUAAGCAAUGGUUAGAAGAUCACAAGCAUCCAGUAUUUGGCUUCCCAACUUUGGUUCGUUUUAGUUGGGAAACUUGUAAGCCCUUCUUCAAGGAUGCAGUUGAGGUUACAUGGGAGUCUGAUGAAGUUGAUGAAGAUGGGACUGACAAUGGAAGCACCAAGCGACAAGUCAAGCUUGACUGA